UUUGAGACGUGUCAAUCGCUAGUUAAUGUUAAAAAGUGGAUGACAGUUUGUUAACAACAUUAAAAUGGAAGAAUUUCUGUAUAAUUUUCAUCAUGAUGAGAUAAUCAACAUUCUCAAAGCUGCAGAUAAGAACGAACUUCCCAGAUCGUUACAAAUUGAUCUGUCAGUGUUGGAAUCAAAUGAUAGCGAAUUAUUCAAGAAGAUCAAAUUCCGUUUCGACAUUUGGAAUGAAAAACCGAAAUGGAUCGAUUCACUGAACAUUGUUCAAACAAAAGUGAUGAAAGAAAAUGCAGGCAAUUCAAUGGUUCGAUAUUUCAGUGUAAAGGAGAAUUUUCCUGUUGAAUUUAUCAAUCUUCCAAAUCCAUUGAAAAAUAAUCCAAAGAUACAUAAUUUGUGGAAUCUUCUUCAGAUCAAAGGAAGUGUCGUUCGAAGUGGGGAAGUGUUGAUGAAAGAAUUCAUACGUGAAUUUAAGUGUCGUUCAUGCAAGCAAACAAUGAAAUUUGAGGCUGAUCGUAUUCAAAAUUAUUAUUUUGAUAUUCCUGAACGUUGCAUUCAUAAAAACUGCAAAGGAACCAUUUUCAAUACUGAGGAACGAAACAGCGACGAACCAAAUCUUGAUUUCAUCGUAAAGUAUCAAGAAGUUUCGAUUCAAUUACCAAGUGAGCCUCAGCAUCCCACAGAAUCCCUUCUUGUUGAACUUGAAGAUGAGCUUGUUGAGUCAUGUGCCGUUGGUGAUCGAGUGACAAUUACUGGAACUUUCGAAACCAGAUCGAAACACAACAUUAACAGUCAUCGAUUAGUAAUUAGAGCUGCUGGUGUUGUCGUUCAUGAAGAUCAGCAAAAAAUGUUAUUAAAUCCAACAGAAAUGACAUUUUUAGUGAAAAGCGAAUGGAAACAAGAUUUGGACAAUUUUGAUGAUGACGAGAUUAAAUUGCGUGAUUUGAUGGUCGACUCAGUCGCACCGGAACUUGAAGGCCUUGCAAUAAUUAAACUUGGUCUCCUUCUCGUUCUUUGCUCAGGAGGAAAAACGAAUGGAAAUAAUUCUGUGAAAAAUACGAGACGAGAAAUUGCACACUUUCUAAUGAUUGGCGAUCCAAGUUGCGGAAAAAGUCAAAUAUUAAAAGCAGCAUCGAAAAUCUCAAUAAAUUCUGUAAGAGCUGUUGGUUACGCUACCACAACAGCUGGUCUCACUGCUACUGUUCAUCGAGAAGGUGGUUGUUCAUUCAUCGAACCAGGAGCUUUAGUUAGAGCUAAUAAUGGAAUCUGCUGCAUCGAUGAAAUCAAUUUAAUGUCAAAAGACCAUCGUGGAAGUAUUCACGAAGUGAUGGAAUCUCAAAAAAUUACAAUUAACAAAGCUGGAUUGAGACAAGAAUUGCAAGCCAAAUGCAGCAUAAUUGCAGCUAUGAAUCAGAAAAAUGUGAACAAAGAUCUGGAUGCAAAGAACAUUUCUCUCGAGCAAUCACUUUUAUCUCGUUUCGAUUUAAUAUUCGAACUUCAAUAUCUGGAUGAUCUUGAACUUCAUGAGCGAAUUGCUGAUCUUAUUCUCUCUGGUUCAGCGGAAACACGAGAAGAUUUAUGGAAUGACGAUCGAUUGCAAAAACACAUUCUCGUCGCUAAAAAUAUUUCAGUUGAAUUCACUUCAUCUGUUUAUGAGAUUCUGAAACGAUAUUAUCUUUUCUGUAAGAAUGAUGAAGAUAUUGAGGUGAGUAGAACAACACCGCGAAUGUUGAAUAGUCUUGAACAGUUAACAAUUUGUCACGCGAAAUUAAUGCUGAGAUCAAAAACUCAAAUUAUUGAUGCUGUUACUGUCAUAAUAAUUAUGGAAUCUUCAUGGAGUUUUGGACGCUUUCUGAGACUUCCAAAUGUGAUGCUUUCAAAAACUCCUAUCGGCCCAACGAAUAGCUGCAUUGCGGAAGUGCUGGAAAAACUUCAUUUAGAACAUUUACUCGACGAACAAGUGGAAAGUUUAACGCAACCAAAAACAAAACAUGCAGAGAAACCUCAAGAAGCUUUUGAUAUUAGUGAACUUGAUGAAAUUUUUGCUGCUGAAUCAGAGGAUGAAAAAGACAUGUUCUCAACACAAGCGAUUAAUAAACUUAGACAACCUGAAUUUUUUCCUAAAACUACAAAUAAUUUUACUGGAAGCUUAGUUUCAACAACAAGCAUGAUUGAAACUGAACAAAACUCUCAGAACUUCACAAAAAGAAAAACAGAUUUCGAAAAUAAUUCUGAAGAUAAUAAAAAGAAGAAAUUAAAUGUUGAAGACUCGUCGUCAGUGGAAACAGAUUCACUUUUAGCAAACUUAAAUUCGCUUGCAUCACUUUUUGGGAAAGGCGUUGGUGAAGAUUCUUCAGAAAAGAAAAAUAAUUUAGAUCAAGAAAAUAAAACAAAUGAGGGUGGAGUUAAAAGUAAACUUCAGCGAUUUAACUAUGAUGCAAAAUGUGAUGAAAAUAAUGAAAAAGAAUCAGAAGAAAUCAAAUUGCAAGAAUCACAAGAAACAGCAGUUGAUUCAAUUACAUCUGAUACUGAUCCUUCAAGAGAGAAAGAAAAUUAUGAGCUUGAAAAAGAGCGAAGAUUUCUUGAAGAUAUGAAAGAUUUUGAUAUCUGGGAUGACUGAAUCACUUACAAGAAUUUUAACCGUCAAAAAAUUUUCAAAUCCAUGAGAUCUACUUAAGAUCUACUUCUGUUAAUUUUUUUGUUUAUGGAAUAAAAAUAAAAAGUUAAUAAAAUUCUCACAUAAAUAAAAAAGAAAGUUAUAAAUAAUGAAUAAUCGAAUAUCAAAUCUUCGUAGACAAGAUCUCGACUAUCAAAUUCGUGCUCGAGAAGCUCUUGUUUAUGCAGAAGAUGCAAUUAGAAAAAAAGAUUUGCCGACGGCAAAACAAAUUUUAAGUGAAUUCGUUUUCUGCGAAAAGACGAAAAGUGGACGAAUCAACACAACACAAGAGACACAACUAGUUGUUAUUCUUCUCUCAGAAUUUUUCGCUAUCGACGAUCCAAGCAAGUUUUCAUUUUUCUUUACGUUAUUUGAGCCUGGAAAGAAUAGUCGAAAAUUUCUGCUGCUAAAAUUUAUUCUCACAGGAGUAGCAAUACAAUCAUCAGCAGCUUUAAAUGCUGCUGGCGCAUAUCUUCUUGAUGCAUCAACAAAGGAUUUUCGUAUUUCAGCAGACUUUGGUCGACUUUUAAUCAACGAAAUCACAUUUUACGCUAACAACUCAAUUGAGAAAUUGAAAACGUUACCAAUUGUGUCAGCGUUCUUCGUCAACGCAUUGUGUUUGAUAUUUGCAGAGACAUUUAAAGAUGAUCAAAUGCCGACAACAAUUAUCGGCAGUUUAAUUACUGAAUUUGUUCAAUCAUCAUCAUGUUCCCCACCUUUCAUCUAUACUUUCACAAUACCUGCUCAUGUUGAAGUUGGUGCUUUGAUUGUUGGAUCUUUCUUUCGAUGGAGUGUUCUCAGUGAACUGCUUGAGGAAAAAUCUUCUUACAGCAAGCUUCACUUAUCAAUUCUGGAAUGCAUCAGUGGCUUUGAUCCUACCACUCCUAAAAAGCCUGUUGUGUACACAAAAUACAUUGAAAACAUCAUUGAUCAAAUCUUGAAAGCAGCUAAAGUCAAAGAACCUGAAAAAGUUCAGAAGAGUUUGGAAAAACUUGCACAAUUUAUUCAAGUUUCUAAAAGUUAUUUGUAUGGAAAUGUUCCACUUCUUGUCGAACGCCUGAAAAUUCUUCCGAAAAAUCCUCUGUUAGAAAUUGUCAUCCAUGCAAUGUGAGAAAAAAACAAAUAAAAGAUUUAAUUUGAUUUCUAUUUAAUAAGGUU